AUGUAUCCCCCAUCUCCCCAGGUGACGCCCCUGCGCUUUGGGAAGGAUGUCGAUGGGAAAUGCCACAGCCUCACAGCCUCCUACGUGCGGGCGCAGUACCAGCAGGACCCCAGCCUGCCCCACUGCCGCUUUUAUGAGGAAUUUGACGUUCACGGACGCCAAGUGCCUCUCCCUGCUGGCAUCUACAACCUGGAUGACCUGAAGGCCGUGGGGCGGCGCCAGGGCUGGUGCCCAUAUUUCCUUGCCCGCUAUUCAAUCCUGCAUGCCAACGUGGUGGUUUACAGCUACCACUACCUCCUGGACCCCAAGAUUGCUGAUCUGGUGUCCAAGGAGCUGGCCCGCAAGGCUGUCGUGGUCUUCGACGAGGCCCACAACAUUGACAAUGUCUGCAUCGACUCCAUGAGUGUCAAUCUCACCCGCCGGACCCUCGACCGAUGUCAGGGCAACCUGGAGACGUUGCAGAAGGCAGUGCUCAGGAUCAAGGAGACCGACGAGCAGCGUCUGCGGGAGGAGUACCGGCGCCUGGUGGAAGGGUUGCGGGAGGCCAGUACCGCCCGGGAGACCAACGCCCACCUGGCCAACCCCGUGCUGCCCGACGAGGUGCUGCAGGAGGCGGUGCCGGGCUCCAUCCGCACAGCAGAGCACUUCCUGGGCUUCCUACGGCGGCUGCUGGAGUACGUCAAGUGGCGGCUGCGCGUGCAGCAUGUGGUUCAGGAGAGUCCCCCCGCCUUCCUGAGCAGCCUGGCGCAGCGCGUGUGCAUCCAGCGCAAGCCCCUCAGAUUUUGCGCAGAGCGCCUCCGCUCCCUCCUGCACACCUUGGAGAUUGCUGACCUCGCUGACUUCUCCCCCCUCACCCUCCUGGCUAACUUUGCCACUCUUGUCAGUACCUACUCCAAGGGUAAGCACACCACUUCCUGCCUCUGCUGGGCCCCCUGCCAGCUGCAGUCAGGAUCCCAACAGAGCCCAGAGGAUUGUGUGGGGAGCGUGGGGGUUGGAGAAGGGCUUAAGGGACGCGGGACUGACUCGGCGGCCCCCGCCGCCAGGCUCAACGUGGACGGGCUGCUGGUCUACUUCCCGUACGACUACAUCUACCCCGAGCAAUUCUCCUAUAUGCUGGAGCUCAAACGCACGCUGGACGCCAAGGGCCAUGGAGUCCUGGAGAUGCCCUCAGGCACUGGGAAGACAGUGUCCCUGUUGGCCCUGAUCAUGGCAUACCAGCGGGCAUAUCCACUGGAGGUGACUAAACUCAUCUACUGCUCAAGAACUGUGCCUGAGAUUGAGAAGGUGAUUGAAGAGCUUCGAAAGUUGCUCAACUUCUAUGAGAAACAGGAGGGCGAGAAGCUGCCAUUUUUGGGGCUGGCUCUGAGCUCCCGAAAGAACUUGUGUAUUCAUCCUGAGGGCAUCCUCGAAAACAUCCAGAGGAACAAGCUGCUCUUUAUCGAGACCCAAGAUGGGGCUGAGACCAGUGUUGCCCUGGAGAAGUACCAGGAGGCCUGCGAGAACGGCCGUGGGGCCAUCCUGCUUUCCGUGGCUCGAGGCAAAGUGUCUGAGGGAAUCGACUUUGUGCACCACUUCGGGCGGGCUGUCAUCAUGUUUGGCGUCCCCUAUGUCUACACCCAGAGCCGCAUUCUCAAGGCGCGGCUGGAGUACCUGCGGGACCAGUUCCAAAUCCGAGAGAACGACUUUCUCACCUUCGAUGCUAUGCGCCAUGCGGCCCAGUGUGUGGGUCGGGCCAUCAGGGGCAAAACGGACUAUGGCCUCAUGGUCUUCGCUGACAAGCGGUUUGCCCGGGCAGACAAGCGGGGGAAGCUGCCCCGCUGGAUCCAAGAACACCUUACUGAUGCCAACCUCAACCUGACUGUGGAUGAGGGGGUCCAGGUGGCCAAGUACUUCCUGAGGCAGAUGGCACAGCCAUUCCACCGGGAGGAUCAGCUGGGCCUGUCCCUGCUUAGCCUGGAGCAGCUGGAGUCGGAGGAGACGCUGCGGAGGAUCGAGCAGAUUGCGCAGCAGCUGUAGCAUCAGAGGAAACAAGUGAGUCCAGGAACGUCUGGCUUCCACCUUGGAGAAGACCUCUUCAACGUCGGGUUUGAUUGUAUGUGUCCCAGGGAAGAUGGGAGCCAUGAAAGGUUCUUGAGCAGGACAGGGAAUAGAGGAAGCCGCAGCUAUCAGGGCUCUUUGCUGACCUUAUCCAAC